GAUUUUUUCGUAGAAUUAAAUUUCAUCCAUUGAUUUAUGAGUCGAUUCGUCUCUUAUAAUUGGGUGCUAAUCAAUAGUCAUUCUAAUUGUAAGUUUGUAACCAAACACUUUUUUUUUUUUUUAACCUCAUAAUACUGGGUGCGAAAAUUAUAUAGGAAAUUGAUGGAGCCAUCAUCUUCAGUUGAUUGGUCAAAAUGGUAUGUGUUCUGGGUUGAUGAAAGGUUGGUUCCCAAAGACAGCCCGCAAAGUAACUACAGGCUUGAUUACGCAGACUUUCUUUCUAAGGUACCAAUCCCUAAUGAUCAUAUAAUUUCUAUCAAUGAAAAACUUUCCCCUGAAGCAGCAUCAGCUGAAUACGAAUCUCGUCUCAAACAACUAACAAAAAACAAUGUAAUUGCUACAUCAAAUGUUACAGGAUUCCCAAAAUUCGAUCUCAUUAUUUUGGGUUUAGGCUAUAAUGGACAUAUAGCUUCUUUAUUUCCAAACCAUCCUCAGUUAAAAGAGAACAAAAAAUGGGUAACUUACAUUACAGACUCACCAAAACCACCACCACGACGAAUCACCAUGACAUUUCCAGUGAUCAACUCGUCCUCGAACGUCGUUUUUAUGGUACUUGGAAAGGGAAAAGCAAGAGUGGUGAAUGAAACAUUGAAUGGACAUCAAAGUUCAACAUCAUUGCCUGCUAAAGUGGUUUCGCCUGAAGGAGAAUUGAAGUGGUUUUUAGAUAAGGAGGCUGCAUCCAUGCUGAAUAUUUAA